GUCCCACUUCAAAGUCCAAACCCAGUAAACAACAACGACCAAGCCACCAUCCUUAUAACUUUCGUUUGUUUUUCUUUCUCACUUGUUUUUUUAGUAUCCGUUGAAACACCACUUCCACUCUUUCCCCUUACCUUUUUCAAUGCUUAAAACUAAUUUUCCAAAACACAUUAAACAAUGUCACACACCUAGAAUUAAUUAACUCAUACACAUAUAUUUCACAAAACGUUAGUAAGUUCAAAACAACCUUACUGAAAAUAAUGUCAGAGUCUACAACCACAUCAUCAACUUCUCUUAUGAGUUUCAAGGUACUUAUUUUAGCAGGUAUUUUCCUUAUCAUUGUGAUAAUCAUUGUGCUUUUAAUAUACCUCUGCUUUCGCGGGAGCAGAAAGAAGAGGAAGAUGUUGCCGAAGCUGCAUAGCUCCGGCAGCACUCCUCUAGUUUCAAAGGAGAUAUCAAUGGUUAAGGAAAUUGAUCUCACGCGCUCGUCUGAAAAGCAGACGAGGAUUGAGAUUAUUGAAGAUCAUGACGAGGUUGGUCCGAAGAAGGAGGCGGAGAUUAUGGUUGAAAUUGGAGGGGUGAGGAAAGGUGACGGUGGGGGCCAUAUGAUGGAGGAUCCAAAUAUAGGGUGGGGUAGGUGGUAUAGUCUGAAGGAAGUGGAAAUGGCGACACGUGGAUUUGAGGAAGGGAAUGUUAUUGGAGAAGGUGGGUAUGGGGUUGUGUAUAGAGGUGUUUUGCAAGAUGGUUGUGUUGUGGCAGUCAAGAAUCUUCACAAUAACAAGGGUCAAGCUGAGAAAGAGUUUAAGGUGGAGGUUGAAGCCAUUGGCAAAGUAAGGCAUAAGAAUUUAGUUCGAUUAGUAGGAUAUUGUGCAGAAGGUGCUCGAAGGAUGCUUGUUUAUGAAUAUGUUGAGAACGGAAAUUUGGAGCAAUGGCUGCAUGGUAAUGUAGGGCCAACUAGCCCCUUGACAUGGGAUAUUCGAAUGAAGAUUGCCAUUGGGACUGCAAAAGGGCUAACCUAUUUGCAUGAAGGCUUAGAACCCAAAGUUGUGCACCGAGAUAUAAAAUCAAGUAACAUCCUUUUGGACAAAAAUUGGAAUGCCAAAGUUUCAGAUUUUGGCCUUGCCAAGCUCUUAGGAUCUGAGAAAACACAUGUAACCACGCGUGUAAUGGGAACAUUUGGAUAUGUUUCGCCUGAGUACGCAAGCACAGGUAUGCUUAAUGAGCGUAGCGAUGUUUAUAGUUUUGGAGUUCUACUCAUGGAAAUAAUCACAGGAAGAAGCCCUAUUGAUUAUUCAAGACCACCUGGAGAGAUGAAUUUGGUUGAUUGGUUUAAGGCAAUGGUAUCAAGUCGUCGCAGCGACGAGCUAGUCGAUCCUUUGAUUGAGACUCCACCUUCUCCAAGAGCUCUGAAGCGAGUUUUACUGAUUUGCCUACGCUGUAUAGACUUGGAUGUCAUCAAGCGACCGAAGAUGGGUCAAAUUGUUCAUAUGCUUGAGUCCGACGAUUUCCCCUUUCGUUCUGAGCUACGUACAAUUAGGGACAAAGAUUAUGUACCUUCUCAAGCAGAUGUUUCGAUCAAAGUUCCAUAUCAACGAAAGCAUACAGAACCUGCAGAAAAAUCAACGUGUAGAUGAUUGGUUGUAAUUGGUUAUGCAACUAAGAUAAUCAAAUUUAUAUGUUUUUAUUAUGAUUUUCAUUAUGUUUUGAACAAGGCGUGAGUCAUUGUGCAUAUCUUAUAGAGAAUUGUUACAUCCUUUAGGUCAUUAAUUACAUUAUUUGUUGUAUAAUGUAUUGCUUGUGGGAACUGGGAAGUGAGAGGAGGCUUGUAAAUAUGUAUCUCUAUAUCAAUUUUAUUUGUCUGCAUGUUGAUAUCUA